AUGGGACAGGGCCAAGAGGAGAAGAUUCGACCACAACCCCAUAUUGAAAUUCAGGAAAGGGGAGAGAUAUAUUUCUUCUACCGGCCUAAGGUUAGCAAGGAAGAAGCACACAGUGCUGAUGAUGUCCAGCGUCUCUACAUUAUCAUGCGACCUGAGUCCGGUGAGAGGCCGGUGGAAGUAAAGCAAGAAGAAAAUACCAACAUCAAGCAGGAGGAAGUAAACAUUGAAAAGCAAGCACUGUUUCGUGUUAUUGUAAUGGGACGGAAAAAGCUACCUGAUCCAAAGGAGAAAAGCCGACCUUAUUGGGGUUUUGUUGAAAUGGUUACGACAAAUGCAGAGCAUGUGAAGAAUGCUCUUAGAGGAGGGGAGUAUGAAACUUCAACUAAAGGACAGAGACAUAAUAGUGAUGCUAGAGCCUUGGGAGAAGGCAUAUACCGCAUAUUAAGGCACAAAGCAGAGGGUGGUGGGAAAAGAAGCCACACUCAUUUGAUCUACAAGCUUGAAUUUCCGGGGGAAGGUGAGAAGAGGGAACCUCAAGAAGAACUCAACAUUGAGCGUGAGGGAUCAUUCAUAAUUCAAAUAAAGAAUCCGGAAAAAGGUGGAGGUGGUUUGCAGAAGAAACGGAAGGCGGUGUUUCCUGCUCGGCUGCAAGGAGAACUGGGGCAUGUUAGAUUUGGGCCGGCUGACCCGCCUGACUUUCUCAACUAUGAAGGAUGUGAGUUUCUGCUUAUUUCUGCUUCUGACGAUAUCGAAGAUGAAUUGGGUCUAAAGCUUGUGACUCAAGAAGGGUGUUCUGAUCUCAUCAACACUUUUAAACUUGAAGAGGAUCAUGUUUCUGUUACUCCCUUUCUAAAGGGAAUUUGGGUCUGA